UUAUUUAUUCCGGUAGAGGGCGCUUUUAAUCGCUCGGCCACGUAAGUCAGGGUCGUAUUUUUCUUCACUGUGUUAUUUUAAUACGUUAAUUCCACCUUGCGGGAUAAUAUGUGAGAAUGUUAUAGCAUUACAAAAAGUGUAAAAUAAAUUUCCCGUGUUGUAGCUUCCCCUGGACUGCGUUUUCAGAUUGACAAAUAUGUCAAACUUUCAACCAAGUCCGUACAACAAUAUCUCGGGAGUGCCACAGACAAAUGCGCAGCCCGGGCCACAAUAUGCCAACCAAUAUAAUCCAACGUCACAACCAUCAAUAUUAAAGCAAGACGCUAACUCAAACAGUCCUGUGCCUGGAUUCAUUAGCCCGACUAACCAGAGCAAAUUCAAUCACUAUAAUCAAAGUGCAAGUAGUUCGCCUGCCUUCAAUCAGUCGGGAAUUAUGCCUCAGCCAUCUCCUGCCUUCAAUUCAUCACCAUUGAGACCACCAAUCAAACCUAUUAUAGGAAGUUCAAAUCAAAACAUGUUUCAAAACAUUCCUUCAUCUUCAGCUAAUCCCAAUUCUAAUACUUUGCCUUACCAUCCUAAAUACCAAGAACAGCAUCAAAUAAAUCAUAAUACUCCACCUCUUAUUCCAUCUAGUCAAUUCAAUCAACCACUUAUGAAUGGUCCACCCUCACUACCACCACAAAUAAACCAACCAACAAUGCAACAUACAACUAUAACUUCACCACCAUCAACUUCCUACAGUCCUGUUAUUAACAAGCCACCUGUUAAUUCUACGAACUUACUAGGGCCAAUGAAUCAAUCUGUGCCACCAGCUUAUUACCCUCCUGCAUCAGUACCGCCUGGCCCAUUGACUAGUCAACCUAGUACUUCAUAUUCAGGCCCUUUACAAAAUAGUCCUUCAAUAUCAGGUCCGCCCAUGACUCGACCUCCCAUCUCCACUGGGCAAAUUGGUCAAAUAGGGCAUCCAAGACCAACAGGAGUAAAUGGCCCAAUUGGUCCCAUGCCUGGCCAAAUAAGGCCUAACACUGGUAUUGCAUCUGGGCCAACUUCUCUACCCCCAAUAAGUGGGUUGAUGAAGCCUCCUAUGGGGCCACAAAUUGGUAAUCAACAAUAUUCCACUCAACAUAACAAUGGAUUAGUAGGGCCAAAUGUAUCAAUGGGUGCACCUGGACCAAGACCACAAAUGUACAGUGGUCCUGCGAGCUUACCAAUGGGACCGUUGCCACCACAGCCUAGUGUAAAUCAAAUGAGUCAAAAUCCUAAUGCUGGCCCGCCUACUGGACAUUUACCGGGGCCACCUAAAUCGAACAUACAGAACAGAUACCCACAAAUGCCUCCAAGUGGGUCUAGCCAGCAACCUCUGCUGCCCCCACAGCCUGUGGGCAAGCAGUAUCAGACGCCAUAUACUGCUCAAGCUAUGACACAGCAAAUGGGCCAGUUGAGUGUGACGAAGCAGGGUUUUGAUCAGUUAUGGGGUCAUCAGAUGAUGGAUUUACUUCAAUGCCGACAUAUACUGCCUGAGUACCCUGAGGAUCCUCCAGAGAUAAGGCUCGGCCACCAGUUUGCGGAUGCACCAAAUUGCAGUCCUGAUAUCUUUCGAUGUACAGUAAACCGAAUACCGGACACUAAUUCGUUGCUACAAAAGUGUAGACUACCUUUGGGUAUUCUUAUUCACCCAUUUAAGGAUCUUAAUAACCUGCCAGUAAUCCAGUGCAGUACGAUAGUGCGGUGCCGCGCUUGCCGCACCUAUAUUAACCCUUUCGUCUACUUUGUGGACGCUAAGCGCUGGAAAUGCAACCUCUGCUACCGUGUUAAUGACUUGCCCGAAGAGUUUCAAUACGACCCAGUGAGUAAGUCGUACGGCGAGCCGACGCGCAGACCAGAGAUCAAAUCCGCAACCAUAGAGUUCAUAGCGCCCGGCGAGUACAUGCUGCGUCCCCCGCAGCCCGCUGUCUACCUCUUUCUGUUUGAUGUCUCGCAGAUCGCACGAGAAUCCGGUUAUCUACAGGUGGUAUGCGACACUCUAAGGGAGAAGCUGGACGAGCUGCCCGGAGAUGCGCGCACGCAGGUCGGCUUUAUUUGCUACGACGCGCACGUGCAUUAUUACCUGAUGGCGGACGGACUUGCCAGGCCUAAGGAGCUCACUGUUAUCGACAUUGAUGACGUGUUCCUGCCGUCGCCGGAGUCGCUGCUGGUGAACCUGGGCGAGUGCCGCGACACGGUGUGCGAGCUGCUGAGCGUGCUGCCGCGCAGGUACUCCGUCCCCGGCGUGCCCGGCUGCGCGCUCGGCGCCGCGCUGCAGGCCGCAUACAAACUUAUGGCACCGACCGGAGGACGCAUAACUGUGUUCCAAACAUGUUUGCCUAACAUUGGACCUGGAGCGUUACAAUCAAGGGAAGACCCGAACAGUCGUUCAUCAAAAGAAGUAGCUCACUUGAACCCAGCGAGCGACUUCUACAAGCGACUGGCGCUGGACUGCAGCGGCGCGCAGGUCGCCGUCGACCUGUUCCUGCUCAGCUCACAGUACUGCGACCUCGCCACGCUCAGCGGUAUGAGCAAGUUCAGCGCGGGCACGGUGUACCACAUCCCGCUGUUCCGCGGCGCGCGCGCCUGGCAGGCGGACAUGCUCGCGCGCAUGCUCGCGCGCUACCUCACACGGAAGAUCGGCUUCGAGGCUGUGAUGCGAGUACGCUGCACCAAGGGUAUAGCUAUCCACACGUUCCACGGCAACUUCUUCGUGCGGUCGACGGACCUGCUGUCGUUGCCCAACGUGUCGCCGGACGCGGGCUUCGGCAUGCAGCUCACUAUAGAGGAGUCAGUCUCCGACUUACAGCACGUCUGCUUCCAGGCCGCGCUGCUUUACACUAGCAGUAAAGGCGAGCGUCGUAUCCGCGUGCACACGCUGGCGCUGCCCAUCGCCACCAACCUGACGGACGUGCUGCACUCCGCAGACCAGCAGUGCAUCAUUGGACUGCUCAGCAAAAUGGCUGUGGACCGUUGCGCGUCCGCGUCAAUGUCCGAGGCGCGCGAGGCGCUGAUGAACGUGGCGGUGGACGCGCUGUCGGCGCACCGGCUGGCGCGCAACCUGCCCGCCGGCGCCGCCUCCAGCGCGCUGCACGCGCCCGCCUCGCUGCGCCUGCUGCCGCUCUACCUGCUCGCGCUACUCAAGCGGAAAGCGUUCCGUACCGGCACAUCGACACGUCUGGACGAGCGUGUGGCGGACAUGUGCGACAUGAAGACGUUGCCGCUGGGGCAGCUGCUGCGAGCGGUCUACCCCGACCUGUACGCAGUGCACGACCUGCAUCUGCACAUGCGAAACGACCAAAACGACCAGCAAGAUCAGAACGAUCAACAGGAUCGCGACCAGGAACACGACGAGGAGGAGGACGAUGCGCCUGAUCCUCCCCGGCUGCAACUUACGGCGGAACGUAUAAACUCUGACGGCGCGUACCUGCUAGACGACGGGAGCACACUAAUGAUAUACGUGUGCUGCAACGUGAGCCCCGCGUUCCUCUCGGAGGCGUUCGGCGUGAGCGCGCACGCGCAGCUGCCGGAGGAGGCGCGCAGCCUGCCGCGGCUGGACACGCCCGCCAGCAGGCUGCUGCACGCCUUCAUUGACAAACUGAAUGAUGACCGGCCCUACCCCUCCGGCGUACACAUACUCAGGGAUACAUCACCAAUGCGGCAGAUAUUCACAGAGCGGCUGGUGGACGACCGCGUGGAGUCCGCAUUCUCCUACUACGAGUUCUUACAGCACGUCAAGAACCAAGUGAAAUGAUCCGAGAGUGAGUAGUGAGUGAGUUCUCACAGCGCCAUCUGACGGACACUGGUGAUACUGUAGUGAUGACGCGACACUGCCCUCGCCCUCGCCCCCGCCCCGUACUGCUCGCACUCGUAUAUUGUCGUCCCUUUCUCUCAUUGGUAUGACGUAAUACAAGUGUCGCAGUAAACCAGUCGGCUGUAUACAUUUGUAUACAUUGAAACUUUAGACGCUUGUAUACUUCGGUUUUUUUAAUAUUCAUUAUCGGAAGUAUAUAAAUGAAUAAUUAAAUACAAUUUUGAAAUUAAUGUUGUAUACAAGUUUUUGAAGCUAUACAACCUUACAAAUAAACGCGGUAUAAAGUUAAAUUUAGGAAUAAACUGAGUAUAGGCAAUUUGUACUAAUAUUUGCUUAUACUUAGUUUAUUGCUAAUUUUAACUUUAUUAUGCGUUUAUUUGUAAAGCUGUAAAUGUAUAUACUUUUAUGCAGCUGUACAUAGCUAUUGUGCUAAGAUAUAGCUUUCUUGUGAAUCGCUUUAAUAUAUACAAACACAUUUGUUAUCAAUAAAAUGUUGCAAUUUUAA